AUUUUUCUCCUCCUUGAACAUUCAUUGUCCAAAAUUCUUGCAUCUUCUCUCUGUCUCUCUCUUCCAAAUCUUGUGACUUUUGUCUGUCUGAGAGGACUCAGUUGGACUAUAUAUCAUACCAAGAACAAAGCAUAAAAAAAAUUGAUUUCCCUAUUUUUCUUUUUUUAGGAUAUGCUUCAAUUGGUUUGGAGGUCUCAGCCAUAUCUUUGUUCUUUGGCUUGCUUUAAUAGUUGGAUCAGAUUUUGGUAGGCUACUUGCUGGAAAUCUGUUGGGGAUUGGAUGUGUAGUAUGUGUCACCAUUGUGAAGAUAACUUGACGAAAUCAAAGGACGAUGGGAAGAUACAGAAGGAUGUGAGCUCAUUAAAAUUAGUUAAUCAAGACCUCAUUGGUUCUUGCAAAUUUUGUGGGGUGAAAAAAGAGCAAGAAUCUAUCAAGCAAGGUAUCAUGAGUCCUUAUGCAACACCAAUGAUCAGUCCCACGACUUCUUUGUCAAGCAGCGAUAGUACUGUUUCUAGCUACAGCGAUUUUUCUGUUGAUAUAAACUCAUGUGAUAGAUAUAAUCAAGAGGAAGGUACAACGUACAGUAGUCAAGAGGAUCUCAACUAUAGAUCUAAUGGGCCAUUACAGAAUGGAGUUGAUAAAUCACAUACAGAGAUGCAAAAGAAUAUGAAGGAAGACCACAAUGGAAGUUCCAGUUACAUUGUGAGAGAUAUUGAGAUUACGCAAACCAGUAAUGGUCAAGAAGACAAAGUUAAUAGUGAUGAAACUUGUCAUGGUUCCUAUAAUGAAGAAACUGACAAUCCUUCUUCAUUUGAAGAUGAAAGAGAUGCUCUUUGGAAACCCCCUGAACCAGAAGAUCCAGAGGAUGACUUGGAGGGCAGUGUGGCUUUUAAUGAUGAUGACGAUGAUGAGUGUGGUGAUGGCACACAAUGGGGAAAGCCAAGUUCUUUAACUCCUGUGAGAGAUGAAGGAAGUCGGAGCUAUAGGUUUAAAGAGGAAAGACAAAGAGCUAUAGAAGAGGUGAUUAAUGGUAAAUUUAAGACCAUAGUAUGUCAACUUCUUAAAUCUGUAGGUAUCUCCUCUUCUGGAGAAGAUGGUCAAACUUGGGUGGAUGUCGUUACUUCUUUAUCAUGGGAAGCUGCUUCAUUUUUGAAGCCUGAUGCUGUUGGUUGUAAAGCAGUGGAUCCAGAUGGAUAUGUGAAAGUGAAAUGCAUUGCAACUGGUGUGCGCUCCCAAAGUCAAGUGGUAAAAGGCUUGGUCUUCAAAAAGCAUGCUGCACACAAGCACAUGGCAACUAAAUACAAGAAUCCGAGGUUGUUGCUAGUCCAAGGUGUUCUUGGUCAGUCUUCAAGUGGAUUGUCAUCUUUUGACUCAAUGGAGCAGGAAAAGGAUUACCUAAAGUCUGUCAUUGAAAUGUUAGAGUUGUGCCAUCCAAAUGUGAUUUUAGUGGAGAAGACUGUUUCUCGUGAUAUACAAGAGUCUAUUCUUUCAAAAGGAAUGACACUGGUCUUUGAUAUGAAGCUUCAUCGUCUAGAGAGAAUUGCCCGCUGUACUGGUUCACCAAUUUUGACAUCAGACACUUUGAUGAGUCAAAAACUUAAACAAUGUAACUCCUUUUACAUUGAAAAGUUUGUUGAGGAACAUGCUGGUUUUGGUGAGGGAGGAAAGAUACCGAGUAAGACAUUGAUGUUUCUUGAAGGUUUUCCUACGCGUUUGGGUUGUACGAUUUUGCUGAAAGGAGCAAGCAGUGACGAACUGAAGAGGAUUAAGUGUGUGGUGCAAUGUGCAGUUGUAAUGGCAUAUCAUUUAAUGCUUGAAACUUCCUUCCUCGUUGAUCAGAGGGCAAUGUUCUCUACAAUUCCAUAUGCUGGACCAGCAAAUGUGUUGUCGACUGAAGUGGUAAAUGUGUUGACAAAUGAUCAACAACUCCCCGAAUUAGGUUCUAAUAAUUCAUGUGUCCCUUGUCUUGAGGAGGCUCCUGUUGAAACCGUGUCGCAUACAGUUGAUACUCCCAUUUCCAAUGGCUUUCAUGAUGGCGGUUCCCUCAAUUCCCCAUCAUAUGAACCAUAUAAUCCAGCCAUAUUAACUGGCUUUUCAUCCCUUUCAGAUUCUCUAAAGAAAGUCAUUGGGGAAAAUUUCCCUCUGGCAUCUUCUUCAUAUCAGUCCCUGUCCACAUACUUUGGAUUCAAUGGACGAGAGUCUAAUGGUCAGACCGCAAAAUCUUUAUGUGGUUCAACAUCUCCAAAUACAGUAAACCAUUAUACUGUUGAAGAUAAAGAUUUUUCUGAUGAAGAGAAGAGUGGUGUACAGUCCCAGCUUUGCUGUGAAACGUCUCUGGACUCGAAAAAGGAUGGUGCCAAUGAUGAAAACACAAUGCAAAGUGAAGAUGGUACUAACGGAGUAUUGGAUUCUAAGAGUAUUUUGGUUUUGAUGUCUAGGCGUAAUGCCUUAAGAGGGACUAUAUGUGAGCAAAAUCAUUUCUCUCAUAUCAUGUUCUACAAGAAUUUUGAUGUGCCACUUGGAAAGUUUUUGCGUGAUAAUUUACUCAAUCAGAGAAGCCCAUGCAGUAUUUGUGGUGAACUGCCAGAAGCUCAUUUUUACUACUAUGCACAUCACAACAAACAACUGACUAUACAAAUUCGACGACUCUCUGAUGAAAAGCAUUUACCUGGGGAAGCAGAAGGAAAACUUUGGAUGUGGAGUCGUUGUGGUAAGUGUAAACAUGGGAAUGGGAUGUCAAAAUCUACAAAAAGAGUGUUGAUUUCCACUGCUGCACGUGGUCUAUCAUUUGGAAAAUUCCUAGAGCUCGGUUUCUCUUCAUCUAGUAAAUUAUCAAGCUGUGGCCAUUCAUUGCACUGGGACUUCCUCUACUUCUUUGGACUAGGCCCCAUGGCUGCAGUGUUUAGAUACUCUCCUGUUACCACUUAUACUGUGUCUGUGCCUGCCCAGAAGAUUCCGUUUAGCAAUUCAAUUAGACAAGACUGGCUUACGAAAGAAACUAAGGAUGUGUUCAUGAAAGGGAUGUUGCUAUUCACUGAGGUUGAGAACUCUUUGAAGAAGGUUAAAUCUCAAUUUGAAGGCUUGACUUUGAAUAUUGGUGGUUCAUUAAAAAUAUUCUCAGAUAUUGAAGGGAUGUUACAACAGGAACGGUCUGAUUUUGAGCUUAACAUUAAGAAAGCCAUUUCCAAGAAUGGAAACUCAGACCAAGCUGUUUACAACUGCCUUAGCUUCAACCGAUUAUGGUGGGAUCUUCUGCUUGAAUCAUGCAUUUGGGAUCUACGCAUACAUUCAUUAUUAUCAGUAGAUCCUGAGAUGGUCUAUUCCAGUGCAACUGAUGGAGCAAUUCAGGAACAAACAGAAUCAAAGAUAAAUGGGUCUGCUUGUGAGAAUGAAAGAAAUAUGGGAAAAGGUGACAUGGGCAUAAAUGGAGAUGCCAAUUUACAAGAGUUGAAUACUUCUUUAGAAAAUGGAUCUCCAAUGAAAGAAAUACCAAUUGGAGUUACUGAUGAAGAAUCUGAAGGAGCUGACACAUCUAUUGUUGUGGAGGGCAUUGAGGCACCAACUGAAGGUGGUUCAAAUCCUAAAGUACCUUUCAGCCAAGAGCCUGAUUUCAUGCCUAAUGGCUCUAGCCAUUGUCAUUCAGAUGACAGCCAAGCAGACAAUGUUCCAUUGUCUGUUCACCUGCAAGUGGAUCGAACCAUUCCAAUUUCUACAAAUGUUGAGAAUUGUAUUACAGUUGCCAAUGUAAAUUUGUCAAGGAAACGUACAAUGCAGAAUCCACAUUUAUCCAACUUAGAAUAUUCAAAAGGAUGGUUCUGGGCCCCAUUUUCAGAAAUUACAGAGAUAGAUCCAAAGGUUCUCCAGAAAACGUGCCUACCAAAAUUUGAGUGUAGGAGUGCCUAUACUACAGAGUACUUACCCACAGCAGCUCAGUUGAUCAAUGAAGAAGGACAAAGGUUGCACCUUCCUCUUGGAACAAAUGCUUAUAUUGUCUCAGAUUAUGAGGGUGAGCUCUCAAGUAUAAUUGCUUGUGCACUGACAAAGUUGAAAGAUCUACCUCUCCAAGCUGAUUUUUGUAAUGAUGAUAGCAAGGGGAUGGGCAAUAUUGCCAACAAAACAAUUGAGAGUUUAAACAGUUUUGCUAGGAAUAACAGUUUUGCUCGGAUUCCUACUUUUUCCUCUUCAAAUUGGUCUUCAACUAGUUCUUUAGAUUCAGAUUCAGUCCAUUCAACAUCAGGCAUUUCAAUGGAAGAGUUGCGCUCAUCCAGUUUCGAUGGGACGGGUUUGUCGGAUUCUCUGGUUACACCUGGAACUCUUCAUCCAGCUCCCUCUUUUGGUUUUCUGAAAUCACUUGGAAAGGAUAGAUAUACAGUUUUAUGCCCUUAUGCCAAGCAGUUUCAGGAUCUUCGAAGUUGUUGCUGCCAAUCUGAGCUUGAUUACAUUGCUUCUCUUAGCCGUUGUAGGAACUGGGAUGCUAAAGGUGGGAAGAGCAGAUCUUUUUUUGCCAAAACUCUUGAUGACAGGUUGAUUAUCAAAGAAAUCAAGAAGACAGAAUUUGAAUCAUUUAUGAAGUUUGCAGAGUAUUACUUCAAGUACAUGAAGGAGGCAUUUGAAUUAGGAAACCAAACUUGCCUAGCAAAAGUUCUAGGAAUUUAUCAGGUUAUUGUAAGACAUACAAAAGGUGGGAAAGAAUCAAGACAUGAUUUGAUGGUGAUGGAGAAUCUCACCUUUGGUCGGAACAUCACUCGUCAAUAUGAUCUGAAAGGUGCUCUACAUGCUCGGUACAAUUCUGCUACUGAUGGUUCAGGCAGUGUUCUUUUGGAUCAGAACUUUGUUGAUGACAUGAAUUCUUCUCCAAUAUAUGUUAGCAACAAAGCAAAGCGUGUCCUUGAACGGGCUGUCUGGAAUGACACAGGUUUUCUCACUUCAAUCAAUGUUAUGGAUUAUUCAUUGCUUGUGGGAGUGGAUACUCAGAAGCGAGAACUUGUGUGCGGUAUUAUCGAUUUUCUUAGGCAAUAUACAUGGGAUAAACAACUGGAAACUUGGGUGAAAUCUUCUCUUGUUCCAAAGAAUGUCCUGCCAACCGUCAUAUCUCCAAUAGAGUACAAGUGCAGAUUCAGGAAGUUUAUGCGUGCGCACUUCUUGAAUGUUCCCGAUCAUUGGUGCUCGAAGACAACCUCUGAGCAAUGCCACCAAUGCCAACUUUGUGGUGUUAAGGAUGAUACUUCUACUCCAUCAAAUCUCCAAGAGAAAGAGGGCCUAAAUGGUUUUUCUACCUGAGUCUUUGGAAUAUAUCAUUCUGCAAUCUGUCUUUGGAAAAAUCAGUGCAGGUCCAUUUUGCAAUCAGCUGAUUGAAAACUGUAAAUAGUUUAUGGCUCAGUUCGCAUAUCCUGCCCCCUAAUUCUGCAAUUUUUGGUGAAUUUCUGGGAGGAUAGUUUUCAUGUAAACAAUGUGCAGCAUAAAUUAUAGUUUUCUUUUUGUAAAGCCUAUAUAUUGAGGAAGUGUAGAGUUGCGGUAGCCAGAGAACUGCUAUUGUUUGCAAGCAAUGGAAGUUGCAAUUUAGGCAAUGAAGUUGUUUCUUGUAAAUUCAAGUUUUAUCAAUUAAAAUUUUAUGCCAUUAUUAUUUA